AUGAGAAUUAUUAUAUUAAUCACAUUAAUAAUAAUUGUUCUUUCUUCUGAAAAUACAGGUUUAAGAAUUGAUCUUAAUGUUGAAAUACCAUUACUAGAAAAUUAAUAUGUUAUAUUUAAUGCAACAUAAUAAUAAGAAGGUGCAUCAUCAUAAAUCUUACCAACAUAUAAAUUACUUGCAAAUUUAGUAAUACUUUAUUUAUCUAUAUAAAUAGAAAAAUAAUUCAUUAGGAAUAUAUUCAUAAAUGUUUGACUUUUUACAAUAUACAAAUUAAUCAUAAAUUAAUUGUUAUUAAUAAAAUGUUGUUGUAUUAACUGAUGUAUUUAGUUGUACAUAAAGUUGUAAUUCUACUCCUGAUACUUCUAAUUUAGGAAUUAGAAAUAUAUCAUAUGUAUUAACAGAUGAAAAAGAUGAAUAAUUAUAAUAUUUAGUAAUAGAUAAUUCAUAAUUACCAUGUGUGAAUGGAACAUUUUUUAAAUUAAUAGUUCCUUGGAUUACAGUAUAAGCAUUAUUUAAAUUUUAAGAUUCAUCAUAUUUAAUUGGAACUAUAAGUAAAUAGUAUAUAUUAUACUUAAUAGUUAUUGUUUUAUUAGUUACAAUCAUUACUAUUUAAAUCAUGUCAAUUUAAAGUAUUAUAUUAUAAAUUAAGGAAAUAUAAGAAAAAAAUAAGAAAAUCGUAAGAAAAAAAUAUUAUUGA